AUGGCUUCCUCCCGGUUCAAGAGCCUCAGAGGCAUCCGAGACUACGACAUCAAAGGCUCUUUAAGAAGAGCGCUUACCAUUAGUACCAAAGAAAACCCCCCAACCGAGAACGACAUGAAGGAAGCCGAGACAGACGUCAAGGAAGCCCGCCUGGUUGCUCGCAAACACCUGCUGGCCCUCUUCGACAAACACAAACAAAGACACGCCAUCGCACUCGACCCAACUGAUGAGAGCAGCGGAAUAACCCUCGAAGUCCUCGACCUGUCGGAACCCCUCCCCACAUCCGCAGCGCACGCCAUGGUGUUUUUCGAGCCGUUGAAACAAGAGUUCAUGCGCGCCCACCCUGUUGACCCUUCGGAACCAUUUACCCAGGAAGAUUAUGAGAGUGAGCAGGCAACAUUCAAAAGGAUCGCAGCCGAUCUCAACCGGACCGACAUUGCCGAGCUUUUCUGUCCUGACUUUUACGCUGCCUUUGACGUGUACAAGCGCGCUGGGCUUGAGGGGUCUAUCGCUGACCACCACAAUUGGAUUGAAUGGUAUAUGCGAACUUCCGCCUCUGAUAUCAACAACCACUUCCUCCGCGACGAAUUCUGGGUAUCCAGUGUCAACCCGCUGAAACCGGCAUCGAUGGAAAUCGGCAACGCAUGGCACCAAGGUGACGCUAAUUUGCCGCACGCGGUCUUUACGAUGUCACAUUCUGGAGAGCCGACGGCCAUGCUCUUGCGUACCGAGAUCUUAACCAUCAUUGGGGUCAUGCUUUCCCGUCUCAUAAGCAAUCGCCUGCGCGCCUACACUACUAUUCCAAUCAUUGCUGUGUCUUGCUUCAACCGGUACCAAGCGCGCAUUCUUUAUGCCUACAUGUCUGACAAGGGCCUCGUGAUAGCCAAGAGUCUCCUGCAGGACUUUAGCACGCAGCAAAAACGUGACUUGAACUUUCCAAUCUUCCUUUCCUGGAUGGGGAGUAUUCCAGUGGGCGACACAAAGGGGUUGCAAUUUGGCCUCGAUAAUAAGGAGAACGUGCCCCUUCCCAUCCGCCAACGGCAGUCCAUCUUGACAACGAGCUGGUCAUCUGCAAAGUCUGAGGCCUUUCAACCCCCGUAUGAAGCUGAGGGUCGACAGUCUGGAUCCUUCAUCCCGCUACCUCCAUUUGAAGACCUCGAGUCCCGUUUAUUUCCGCCUGGUGAACCUAUCCUUGGCCCAAAGCAAACGACUAGCCCAUAUGACUCAGGUUAUGGAUCUAAGAGUGGGAGUAGCAGCAGCAGUGGAAGAGGCAGCGGACGUCGUAGGGGGACAAGUGGCAGCGGCAGCGGCAGCAGCAGUGGCAGCAGCGGACGUCGUAGGGGAGCAAGUUGGAGCGGCAGCGAGGGUGCGAAUGCAGAUGAGCAGCAAGGCCAGGCAGCGCAGGAACCAGAACUAGAGACCGUUGGGGAGGAUCCGCGAGAACAGGCGGCAUAA